AUGGGUUCAGAAUUAAGGAUAAAAUCACCGGCCAGCAUCUUGGUCAUCGCCUACGGUAUCGAUCCGACAGAAGCAUGGGGAGCCGUACGUCAUGGCAGUAGGGUCAAGGUUAAGGGCGUCUCGAUGCGUUACCAACAACUUGGCCCGGGCGUCUUCACCGGUGUGCCUAUUUCCAAGUGGAACAAAAAGACCAACGUACCUCUCAACACAGUGUCAAACUAUGAGAAGCGCAGCCUCAGCGACUUCGCCUCCAGGCUGCGUGGGAACCAGUUGAAGAAACAAUGCCGCGUCGUGUACAACUGCGUCAAGGACGCCAGCAAGGUCACCAUAGCGGCCGGCUACACCGGCUGGGUCGCUGCCGCGGAGAGGGCCAAGCCGGCGGGCCAGAGCCUGAUGCAGUUCCUCAACCAACCCUUCUGGGCCAACGCGGGUGGAGUCGCCAUCGCGGGCAUGAUCUCUGGCGGGGUACUCAAGGCAGCGUCAUGUAGCAAGUCAAACAACGAGGCUGACAUCAUCAAGGCUGUUGUUGCGGAGGCGCUUCGCGCGAGCCCGGGCGCGGACAAAAUUGAGGUUACGGUUGGGGGCCCCUACGGAACGUGGAAUGUGGUUAUUGCGGCGACGGAGAGGGACCACUAUCCUCCUCCAACUUGCAGACGAUGA